CUCCAGCGUGCGGAAUGCGGCGGCGGGCUGCCUCUGCUGCGAAAAAAAACCGAGAGAUCCAGCAAACAUUACCGCACUGCUGAGAACUUUCCACGCCAGCCAGGACCUCGGCUUUAGCUCGGACUUACCGCCGCUCCUCCGCAGGCCGAGGUUGAUGGAUGGUGGAGUUUUGACUGAACAGAAUUGAUGUUCUGUUGGAGGACAGUGUGCUGUGUUUCCCGUUCAUCAGGACCAGUGUGUUCCUCUGCUUUAAUCAGACUUUCGUCUGGGUUCAGACCUCACCAGCUAUCAUACACACGCCACUGAAUUCUUGCUGUCUGCUCACGUCACUGUCAGAUGAUGAAAAAACCCUCGGCUCUGCUGCAGUAGUGGAUUGAUUAUCUGUCAACAGUUGGAAGUUGGAUACAUCCCCGCACCUUAUUUCAUACAUCAGUAAAACUCCACUACACAAAUGUUUACCUUUCCAAAAAGGGGGCAUCAAAAUAUUAAAGUGGAUUAGUAACAGACAUCAACAUGACGGACGACAAGCCCACCACCAACCGCCACUUAAGGCACAAACUCCAGAGUCUGGGCCGGCGCCUGGAUGAACUAGAGGAAGCAACGAGUAAACUUCACAAGGCUGAGGAUGAGCUCCUGGAUCUCCAAGACAAGAUCAUUCAAGCCGAGGGCAGUAAUUCUUCCCUGCUUGGCGAUGUUGAGGCAAUGCGAAAGAGAGUGCUCAAGAUUGAGGGCAAGGAUGAGGAGGUUAGAAAAGCAGAAGAUCUCUGCCGUUUGGUAAAGGAGAAGCUGGAGUCGGAGGAAGAUCUGACCAAGGAUCUUAAAGCAGAGAUUGAGCGCCUGCAGCACAGGAUGACUGAAAUGGAGAAGCUGGAAGAUGCAUUUGUAAAGAGCAAGUCGGACUGUACCCAGCUGUGCCUUAGCCUUAAUGAAGAAAAGAACCUUACCAAAAAGCUCUCGUCCGAGCUAGAGGCCCUGAAGGCCAGAGUGAAGGAGGUGGAUUCUUCUGAGGCCCGUUUGAACAGGGCAGAGCUGGCCCUGACUUCUGAGAUGGAGAAACUAAAAGCCCUCACUCAGACUUUCGUGACUGAGCGCAAAAGACUCCUGGAAAAGCAGAGAGAGGAUGAGAAACUCAUUCUCAAACUGACUGAGAAGCUUGAACGGCACAAGAGCAAGUUGGGUACAUCAGACCACAGCUUUAUUGAGUCCCGAGAUAUCCGGAUAGAAGAUGACCUUACGACUGGUCUGGGUAGCAAACUGGCCAGGAAGAAGAGCCUUGACUACUUAAAGCUUUCGGACGAAGUUGGGUUGAGAAACAAAUCUGAGAAUGAGAAAAACAGCCUAGAGGGGCUUGAGGACAACAAGGUCAAAGACCUAACGCAGGAAGUAGAAAAGCUGAAGGGUCGCCUGAAACAGCUUGAGAUGGUGGAGGAGGAUCUGAAGAACACAGAAUACAAGAAAGCAGAGCUGGCAGACAAGUUUCAGCAAGAGAGGAGCCGCAGCCAAGCCCUGAAUGAUCAGCUUGAACAGCUGAAGAUGCAGCUUUUCAGUGGCAGCAGUAGUAAUGGAAACCUGGCUGUUUCUAACACAGCGAAAGUUCUUGAAAACGGCAAGGCUGAGAGUGAGGAAAUCAAUGUUAGAGGGGGUUUCCGUCAGGAGAAGCCAAAGUACAGGAGUGCUGUCGCAGAGGCAGGUACCUCUAAGUACAAAGCCAGGGAAACUUCACCGCAGCAGCAGAGAGUGAAGAUCAAGGAUCUCAGCCAUUCUGCAGAGAACUCCCCUAAAACUCCACGGAGGGCCUUAAGUCCUGCCCACAAGUUGAAGAAGCCUGGUUUAAAAACUGGGUCGCCAAACAGUGCUGACAAUGGGCUAAAAGAUGGCAAGGGCAUUGAGGAGAAACUUGUAAAUACUACUAUCCAGCCCAGCUUGUCCACCCCAUUAAGUGAUAACAAGAAGGUUUCUGUCCUCAGUCGUUAUCCUCCUGCUGCAAAUGACCAAAAGCCGGGAAAGGCAUCAGUCAGGCCUGCUGACAGUGAAAGCAAGAAGAGCAGAGUUGAGAAAUUUUCCAGGUUGUACACUGGGAGUGACAGUGAGUCAAACAAUACAGACAGUGUUGUAAGCAGCACAAAUAAGACUGUUGGCACUCCCUCACUUGACAAGGACCGAUCCCUUGAGUCACAGUCUUUAGAUCCUCCGCAGGAAGCAAGUGCAGUAUUGAGUCUGUCCCAUGCAAAUGGGUCUUAUACUGCAUACAGAUCCCAUGUAACCCCAUCAGCUCCCGUUGAUCAUGGAUCUGAGGACCACUCUUCAGCCUCUGAAUCCGAAUCGACUGUGUCAAGGCGCUCCACAAGCGAGAGAGACACUUCUUCUCUGUCUGUUUUAAGCAGCAGAACAACAAGCUCUAAGUAUCCCAGGUAUUCGCGGCUACAUGAUUCUCAUUCUGGUAGAUCUUCAACAAGGAGCUCUUAUGAUGAGGAGCAACACAGGGCUCUAAUGAUGGAAGGUGGCUCCCAAGAGCCUGUCCAGCCCUCCUCGGGGCUUGAGAUCCAGCGGACCUGCAGCCCACGGGAAGCUCUGCGAUCUAAGGCAGUCAUCAAGCCAGCAAUUGUGGAGUAUGACCGGAAAGAGGUGAUGGCGUCAGACCCACUGUCCACUAAUGGAAAACCCAAAAUCUCUGCAAAGAUGACCAGCAGUAUCACUUUCUAUCCCAAUGACCCAAGCUCUUCUCGGACCAGCAGUCGAAGCAGUAGUAUCUCAAGUGAUCCUUCAUCAAAAGAGCGGCACACAUCCACCAGCAAUAUAGUCAUUGGGCCUACUGCUGAUCUCAGAGGUAGCAUCUCUAUCCCCUAUGAAAUUUCCAUUCCUAAGAGCGAGAUUGCUCUACAACCUGGCGAGGGAGAGUGCGACUCUGAUCCUCCCAGUGUCCUAGAGAUGGCUCGAGUGGAGACGACCGUUUUGUCCAGGAGCAGCUUUAGCCUUCAGUCACCGGAAACGGCCUCCGACUUUAACAGCACCGAGUCUGGGUUCGAGAGCAGCAGCAGCAGCUCCACCACAACAGUCACCAGCUGGAGGAGUCACAGUAACAACCACUCAUCCCAGGAUGACAACGUACCAGAAAUGAGGAAUGUGACUGUCAGGAGUGGUUGGAGGAAUCGAGGAGCAGCUUCCGUGGAUGAAAUUGGUCGGGGACCAAGACACGACGGUUCUGGGGAUGAAGCAGAGUCAGCCAUGACUUGGAGAGCCUACAGAGCUACCACAGUGCUGGAUGCAGAUGACCGUUCACUGUCCCCCAAUAUCGCCACACGAGGCACCAAACCGAGUCCAGCAGAGGUCUACAUGCGCAGGAUCAACAGUGGGAAUACAACAAAAGAUCCGGUGGAGCCUGUGCGCAAGAGCAAGUCCUCAAUAGACAGUGGCCUUCAGAGGUGUAUUCCUCACGAGCCGGUCACGGCACAGCAACUGCAGCCAAGGAGCCGAAAGCAACCAAACGCUGGGCGUGAUGGUGAAAGCUCUGCGAGCUCCUGGAGGAAGUCGAGUGAGCAGGACUCAUCUGGAGGUCGAUCUGCCUGGGCCAGCAGCGGGCGCCACUGGAACAGCCGUAACCAUGACAACUAACCCCCUUCUACUUACCUCUGAUGUACAGAUGCUGCUCAGGCUGAGCUUCAUCUCAAUACACAUCUACUAAAAGACUUCUUCAGCUCCUCGGCUUCAGAGGAUCCGCCUACUCUCUCGCCUGAACUGCUCUUCAGCUCAGCUGGCUCCUCCUACGGCUCCUCCCACAGCUCCCUCCCCGGCUCUGGCACCUUCCUGUAUAUGACUUCACCUGGCCCUCACUCCUCGUUCACCUGGUCUCUAACUGUCUGUAACUGUCUGUUGUAUCCCUCGUUUGUACCUGGCUCCUCCCACAUCAACUACACCUGUACCUGGUUUAUUCCUCACCUGGUCCUGGCUCCUCCCACACUUUGCCUCAUCUGACUCUUGACUCCAUCUCCAUCCUUUAUAGCAGCCAUUUACAGUUAUCGCGCUGCCAUUGGCUGUGUUUUAUUUGUUUUUGUUUUUUUUUUCUUUCUCUCUUACCUAUGAUCACAUGGGUCGCAUGGGUGAGUCAUGUGACGGUAACUGGAGUCGCUCCUAAGCAGAAUGUGGAGAGAUAUUACGAGUUUGGGAUCAGGUAAUACAGCUGCAGCCAGUGAGGAGCUCAUGGAUUUUUAGUUUUUUGUUUUUUUAUUAUUAAUGUUUUACUUUAUAUAUCUCAGUUCAGGAACUGGAACUGCAUUAUCAUCAUCAUCUUCAUCGUCUCACAUCAUCUCACACACACAUUUACUUACACACACACCUUAUUAGCAGCUCACCGCUGCCUCUCACACACUCCUUAUCAUCCGACGGGAAGGCGAAAGCAAUCCGUUUGAAUGCUGGGAAAUCUGUUGUGUGUCCAUAUGUCAAUCUGUACGCAUUCGUUAUGUCUGUGUAAGCCUUCCGAGUUCUGAGUCCGGUAUCUUCUCUCCUCCUCUACUUUCCUCCUGUCUUGUCUUGUCAUGUCAUGUCUUGUCACGUCUCGGUGAGGUGUUCCUUGAGGGUCAUUGAAACUGGGAAUGAAACUAAAACUGGCACACCAGCAAACGGCCACCACCAGCACGCGAGUCGGUGUCCGAGAGGAAAACGCGACAAACUGGACGACAAAAUAAAGCAUCUACAAGUUUGGACACUUCCGAGUGAAGUGCGACCCGUACACACUUUUGCGAGCUUUGCACAGAAACAGAACUGGCCCGACAGACAGACGGAUGGACGGACGGACGGACGGACGGAUGGACAGACAGACGAACCGCCACUGACUGGAUUUGCAGUGCGAAUCGACACCCAGACCAGACCUCCCCACUCUGACGCUGUGCAUCAGCAAGAUAGCAUCCAGCCUGCAUCCGUACACUACCUGCUGACACGUUUACAGUGAUUGGACACUGUGAUUGGAUAGGGAUGUCUCAGUAUUGCAGCGCCGGCUGCGAUUGGACAGAACCCCAUCAGCAUGUUUGCUCGAUCUAAUGAGCUGGGAAUGAGCACGGAACUUCCAACAGCUUAGGGCUUCUUGUUUUUAUAUAAAAAUAGAGAAUAUUUCCAUACACGGGAGCUGUAAUGUAUAUUGGGCAGUGGGAGGGGUUGGGUCUAUUAUGCAGGCUCCGCCUACUAAUGUGUUCUUCUGUAGCUCCUGCUGUGAUAGUGGACAAGCUUUACAGAACACUGUAUAUAUUUGAGAUGCUGCAGUCUUGCCUCCCUCCUCAUUUUUAGGAUUACAAAACGAAUCUACAAAAAAAAGAAAAACUACCACCAACUUUUGGAUUAAUUUACGAUAAAAGUACUUAUGUUGAGAUUACCAUUUUAAUUCAGUUAGAGUCAGCUGACCAUAUUCAGAAUCAAUCCAGAACCUUCAGGUUAUACAGUUGUGUGCAAAAGUUUGUGCACCCUUUUUCAAAGCGUUUUAUUUCACAAAUGUCACUUAACGUCAUUAAAUAUUACUUUUUCUGCACAUUUUAAACACAAUUUCUAUUUAUUUACUGGAAAAGUAUAUAAAGCAUACCAUGAAAUGUGCCAUAAUCUUUGUAUAUGACCGUUUUUGUGUUUUUCUUUUCUGUUAAAUUCCGUAAAUAAACAGGAAGUGAGUAUUAAAAUGUACAGAAGUGUGUCUCUGUAGAAGACCCUGGGGUGCUAAAACCUUUGCACAUGAAGCGUAUCGCACUACAAACGUAAAUAGAGCUAACUGGCUGCUUUGUUUGUGCUGGACCAGUAAACACGCUUAAUUUAAUUUUGAUGUUUUUGCAGUUAUAAUUAGAAGAAUUAUUAAAUAAACUGAAAACAUAACCCACACAGGGAACCCCCACAGAUUUAGUACAGUAAAUACAAUGAAAUGCAAUUUGUAAUAAAACAGGAACAUGUAUCGUGUCCUGUAACUUCUGCCAUGUUCUUUAGAAGCUAAAGGACACUGUAGGAUCUGCAUGUGAGGUCUCCUGACAUGCCAGGUGCUCUGUCUGCUGUGGGUGGUAAUACCUUCUACAACGUAUUUCUGGUACACAUGUGACGCUGUGGAUCAAGAAAUGUUAAAUGUCUGAAUGUCCCAUCAAUUCUAGCACCCACUAAACCAGGCCUCGCUCAAACUCUGAUAAUUCAUGUCAUCUUGCCAUGAGCACACUGGCAAGUUUUCAGCCUCACUCACAAGAUAACAUCCCACAACUUAUACACGUUUUGGCAUUUCGAAAGCCAUCCCCUAAAGGGAGAACCAUUUGACCAAUAUACAUACUGCUGUCCUAUUAAUUAGACAUGUAAGUGUAUGAUUUGUAUGAAGUUACUGUGUAUAUAUAUCAAGGAUCCACUCCAAAACAUACCAGUACGUGAUCAUAGAUCAUCAUACUCUUGUCCAGCUUCACAACACGAGCUACAGAAGAAUAAUAGAGCGAAGCAUGGAAAAGGGACGGUCCCUAAAAUCUCAAUCUAUAUUUCACUAGAAUUCAACAUACAUCGCUAUUUUAAGAGAAUUGUUUCUGUUUUUAUAGCAUCUAAAACGAGCUGGCGAUAAAAUAACAGAUUCAGGACAAACCUCAGAGGCUGCUUUCACAAUAAUUUAUUUUGCCUUAAUAUAGCUCAGAUCUGAUUUUUCAGGGCUGUGUGGACACGUCAAAUCUGAUCUUUUCAAAUCACAUUUGACCUGCUUUCAGAUGUGAAUUAGGGCUGGGUAAUAUAUUACAAAAUAUAUAUUUGCCGAAUACAAUAUAAUCCCAAUAUAAUUUUUGCUAAACAUCCAAUUAAAUUAAAUACAAUUAAAUGUAUAGUUGGGUUGGUGUUCUUUAAGCACGGAUGAUAUAUUUGAUAUGCUCAAAGCCUAUCAGACAAAUCAUGAUACAAUAAAAUAUAGUCAUAUUCUCCAGCUCUAAUUUGACACGAAUGUGAACGAUCAGAUCUGAUUUCAUGUGUCUUUUUUUUGUCAGUAUGCCUGCGCUCAUCAUCAUCAUCAUACAGCACCAGCAGUGUGCACUGCAGAUACAACUCACUUAUAUUUUUAUGAAUGUGAACUGUUAAAUCCGAUCUGAGCAACAAAAAAAAAAAAAAAAAAACACAGAAUAUAUUUUGGUUAAAUUAAUGUGCAUUAAAGUUCAGUAGUAGUUCAGUGAAAAAUCCAACUAUCAUCAUUAAUGUUGAUCAGCCGAGAUGUUAUCAAACUGCUGCUUUAAUGGUGUUUUUUAUAACAGUGGUGUACUGUAGUUAAUGCUCUCAUGCUGUAACCAGUUUCUCUGGAAGAUGCUGGAUAUUUUGGGACCCCUCUGUUUAGUAGCUCUCAUCCGAUGGCAGGUUUGUGGUCAUUUUUGGUCAUACAUGCUCCCCUGUGCUUAGUGUUUAUCAGCCUCAACUCUGUACAGCUGAUGUUUUAUUGCACUUACAGUUUAAAUAUAUAUAUACAACUCUGGAAAAAAUAAGAGACCACUUACAAAUGAUGAGUUUCUUUGAUUUUACCUAAUUGAAAACCUCUAGAAUAUAAUUAAGAGGAAGAUGGAUGAUUACAAGCCAUCAAACCAAGCUAGACUGCAUGAAUUUUUGCACCAGGAGUGGAAUACAGUUAUCCAAAAGCAGUAUGUAAGACUGGUGGAGGAGAACAUGCCAAGAUGCAGGAAUACUGUGAUUUAAAAACCAGGGUUAUUCCACCAAGUAUUGAUUUCGGCCGUCUUAAAAUUUUAUGAAUACGAACUGGUCUGUAUCUGCAUCUUUUUUAUUUCAGCUAUUUUUCAUUUUCUGCAAAUAAAUGACAAUUUUUGGGGGGAAUUUGAGAUAAAUGUUGUCAGUAGUUUAUAGAAUAAAACAACAAUGUUGAUUUUACUCGAAAAUAUACCUAUAAAUAGCAAAAUCGCAGAAACUGAUGUGGUCUCUUUUUUUCCAGAGCUGUAUGUAUACACAGGAAUCAACAUACAGGGUAUAGAAUUUUUUUUUUAUCAGACUUCUAGUCAGAAAAGCUGAUGCCUGUUCAUUUUCCUUCAGUAUUUGCUACAUUAGCAUUAGCAACCUAUUUUAAAAACUUAAUCAUUUUUUUUUUCUUGUGAGCCAUUUUCUCCAGGUUUACAGAAAUUAGGGUGUAUCCUUGGAACAAAGUGGUAAAACCUAUUUUUCUAUAUCUAAAUUACAAUGACAAAGCUCUAUUUCCUGAGUCUGCAACCCAUUAAUAAUAGUAAUAGUAAUACUGUCAUAUUGUUAGCCGCAAUGUUGUUAAAGGAGGAAUCUGGUGUAAAAUGGACUUGUGGUGUAGUGAAACACAAAAAUGAGUAUACAUUUUUGUUGAAUAGCCCACCUCUGUUCACCCCCAGCGUUCUGAAAUGCAGCACUUUUAGCUAAUAGUAGGGGCAUAGCAUUGCCUAGGCAAAGAAAUCAAUAUUUUUACAACAUUAUAAAGCUCAAAAUAGCUUCACAAUUCAUUGGUAGAAUUCUGGAGGCCCUGGAAUUUAAAUCUGACGCCGCCAUCUUGAAAUUAAAUCACAAUAUGUGGACUGACAAGCACAAACGAAUGUGUAGGAUGUGUAAAAACAGAUUACAAAAUUGCCUGCAUAUUCGAUAGUGCUCAUCAGUCCACAUAUCGGGACUUAAUUUCAAGAUGAUAGCACCUGAAGAGAACUACCACAAGUUACUGUGUGUAUAAACAGUGUUGUUUAAUAAACUAUUUGUGCACUUUUAAAGUUCUCAGUGCCUCGUUUUAAAUAUCAGGACCAUGAUGAAAAUGAAGGUGGGCUAUUUAACAAAAGUUAAUAAACGUGAUCAUGUUUCACUACAACCCAAGUUCAUUUCACACCAGACUUCUCCUUUAAUAUAUGGUUUCCAGGUUGCUGAAAGGUAAAAGGUCAGUGCUGAGGCAGAGGUUAUAAAUAAUAAUUUCAUUUUGGGAAGCAGGACCUCACCGGAAAAAGAUUGGUAUAAAUUUGGUCUCCAUGCUGCAUGUUUAAGCUUGUCAGGUUGGCGAAUGCUAAUGCUAACUGCUGUAGCCAAGUAGGCUAAAGUG